CCGCUUCUUGUGAUCAUGAUGCCCGAAAGUCACGAUCGGAUGCGUCAUUUUUCGACAUUUUUUAUUUUGAUUUCCCCCUAUACGUUUUCACGCAGUCCGCAGUGUUCAGUUUGGUAGUUUUUCCACUCUCUUUUCGACGACAAUCAUUUGCGGUUCGUUCGUUGGUUCAAUCGGUCAGUGUUCGUCAGUCAGUACCUGCAGUGAGUGUGUUGUUGGCUUGUAGGGGGAAACCACCGGAGGCAGCUCAGCCCCCGAACUAAGCCAGCGCGGAUGGUGGCCGUCUGCCUGGCCAUAGGUUUUCUGCUUUUCGUGGUGCAGAAGAGGAAAGCAUAGAAUGCCACUGUUGUCGCGAAACAACGAGUCGACGUGAAAUUUGUGCCACAGUCCCACGGUUGCAGCAGUUUAGGUUGGUAGUUGAGCUUUUAGAACCUAGGUCUGCUACGUGUGUGCAUCGGGACGGAAUAUUCCCGAUUUUCGGAAGUGCUCUUUGUGUGUGUGUGCGUGUGGAAGGCAGGUGCAUCAGCAUCGAUAGAUGUGGAAUUCCGGGUGCAGCAAGUGGAAAAGUAGCGCAUCCGUUGGAGGGAGAAUCGAAAACGAAACCACUUUCGAUAUUUCCCAAUAAGCGGAUUUGCCACGAAUGGCAAAAUCCGACACGAAACCACCAGCAACAGUGUUUGUGAAGCUCUGUAUUGUGUGCCUUGUUCCGUUUUUUUUUUUUAAUGAAUGCAUGUAUUAUAUAUAAUAGUUGCUGCGCUGAGCUGCAAUUGGUGAAUUUUUGAGUGUUUUUGCAUUUUAUCGAGAAUCAGCGCAAAUAUCGCAGAAAGCAGCACAAAAAGUAGGUAGUGAGAUCGAAUGUCAAGCCCCAGCCCCGUGAGGCAGUGAGUGCAAUUAUUGUUCAUUAAAUCCGGCAUUCGGCACCUAUAUGUGUGUACACUGUGUGAAUCAUGCUCGAAAAGAAGUGACCGCGAAAGAGCAAAGAUCUGCGUGUUCAAGUGCAUAACGACGACAACAACAACAACACCCUCUCCGCUUAGCAAUCGGCUACUGAUCACACUGGGAACGGGGACCUGAAGCAAACCGGAAGUAGCAGUACCAGCAGCAGCCGACGAGAUGCCGUUCAAGCUGAAGCUGAAAAAGUCUCGACACUACAAUGUCAUGUCCAAAAGUUUGUUCGUGAUUUCCGUCGAUCAUCUGGAUUCGUCCACCAAAAUAGACUGCACCCUCAGUUCGGAGAGUACCGGCCAGGAAUGUCUGGAGAACGUCUGCCAGCGGAUAUCGAUCAGCCAGCCGGAGUUCUUUGGUCUUCGGUAUGAGGUCAAAGGCAGCACUACAGGUGAGAUGCGGUGGGUCGAUCUGGAUCGACCCAUCAGCCGACAGUUGGAAAAGUUUUCCGCCAGUAUGAAGGUGCUGUACCUGCGGGUAAUGUACUACGUUCUGUCCGGUGUCAGUUUGAUACAGGAUGAGGGUACGCGGAAUUACUACUUCCUGCAGCUGAAGCACGAUGUCGUGGAAGGUAGAAUCAACUGCGAUCCGAAGCAGGCAGUCAUCCUGGCAAACUACAGUCGUCAGGCAGAGUAUGGCAAUCAUCAGGAUCGUCAUACGGUGGAUUACCUGAAAACGCUGCUGUCGUUUCCGAAGGACAUGAUCCAAGCCGAUCUGCUGGAGACGUUGACGGAGGAGGUAAUACGACAGGCCUAUGAGUUGCAUAAUGUGACUCAAGGUGCCGCAGAGAGUUUGUACAUUUCCGCAUGCCAGCAGUUGGAUGGGUACGGACAGGAAACGUUCGCUGCCAAAGACGAACACGCAGGGGACGUCACGCUGGGAAUCUCGGUGUCGGGGAUUAUAGUGGCCAGCGAUUCGAAUAAGUUCUAUCCGUGGCGUGAUAUUAAAAAUGUUCUCAAUCAUAAGAAACAUUUCAACAUUGAAUGUUCGGAUGCGAGCGAAAAUGUAAGGUUUACGGUGACGGAUUCAACGACGGGAUCGUACAUCUGGAGGCUGUGUGCGAUGCAGCAUCGGUUCUUUGCGCGGUUCGAGAAAAAUCAAACGCAAGUGAGUCAGUUGAAUCUGAACCUGUUUCAAAAUGAUAAUUUGAACGACAGUAGAGACGAUUUGCUAAGCGAAAGUCAGUAUCAGAUAUCCUCCUCGGCGAUGAGCCAUAUAAUGGGAUCUGCGAAUUGGCAGAGCAACAAUGAACUGGCCAGCCAUUCGGCAAGUGUGUGGAACAAUGCAGGGUCGUCGAUGGGGAUGGUGGUGGAAUCGCAACCUUCGCCACUUAUGGCAUCCAACACAAAUAUCGGUAGUAUAGGUAAUCUGAACAACAAUAGUCUUAUGAAUUCCAAUGCCAACGUAAUGCAGUCCCGAUCGUCACUGCAGACGUCCACGUUGGACAUAAACCUGAACUCUUCAUCUUCGGUGCCAUUGGAGUAUUCGAAUCACAGUUCGAACUGGGCCAUAAAUCCAGCCGGUUCGAAUGCAUCGCUGAUCAAUCGCGCACAAAGUUCAUCGUGUCUAGAUUUAAGCAAUAACAACAUCAGUCAAGAUCGGGAACGACUCAAAGCGCUGCUACCGACCUAUCGUCCGGCUCCGGACUAUGAAACUGCCAUACAGCAAAAGAUGCGCAAUAGCACCAAUGACGUCCGUCUGAGUAACGGCAAUCUGUUGCAUUUAUCUGCCUCUCAAAUGUUGGCUCAGGAACAAGGCCAUCUAGAGUUUAACAUCACCGGUAGUCAACCGGAUGUGUCGUACUUUAACCAAUCGGUUCAACACCAACCCACUAUCCACCAGCAGCCAUAUCCGGAUGUGACCCAUCACACAACGACGCACAUGAUCGGUCCUCACUACUCGGAUGCUUCGGACUAUGGCCUCACCCAGCGAUUUAAAAUGAUGAGAUUAGUCAAACCACCUCCACCGUAUCCCGCGAAUCGACUCAGCUCUACAUCCACUCCGGAUCUGGCAUCCCACCGUGCGCUCCUUGGCUACCGUGGUGCUCAUGUCUCUGGAUCUAGUCCCGAUCUUGUAUCAACUCGCCCGCUCAUGAAUCACGCUCAGCUCAUGCAAAUGUCCCAAAACAAUCAGAUCUUCUACCCUGGUGCCCAUCAGCUAAGGCACUCGCAAAACAUCGUACCCCACGGAACGUACGAGAAUCUUAACUUUGUUGAACCCACGAAACCAGGAAUGCAUCCUGCCACCCAAGGUGGAAACGUAAUCUACUACAUGCCAACCGACAUGGAGCACCUGCUCAUCGCAGACGGAACUCAGUUCCAUAAUGGAGCCAUCGGUAUCAACACCAAAGCUCACCUGAAUCGUUCCUCUCAGCAUAUCAACGGAUCCAUCGAGCCCAUCUACGAAAACGUUCCCCUACCCUGGAAGAACGAAAACGAGACCCUCGGUGAAAUUCGGAACCGGACGUCAAGCGUACAAUCCGCUCCGGGCGUAUCUCGACUCAGUCAGGAACCGCAAAUUGCCGUCGCUCAACAUCCUACAUUUUCCGUUCCGGAGAAACUUCCUCCACUCCGCCAUCCGAAACCUCCACCCGAACCAACGAAUCAUGCGAUAAUCCAUCAGGAAACCUUCACGAUUCCAUCGAAUCAACCUCCACCUCAGAUCACACCACAACAAGUCAACCCACCGACUCCUACACCCCAACCAGAACCCAUCAACCGGUCCCUCUCCGCCAACGUACUCGACUCAUCCGCAUACUCCAACUUUGCUCUGGACUCGACAAACCCCGCAGCGCACAAUUCUACCGCCUCCGCCCAUGCGAACAACUCCAUCCACCUGAAUCACCACCACUCAUCCUCGCACGGUAGCACUCACAAUGAUUCCGGCAUCAGUUCCGUGACGGCUUCCUCCUCGCACGUGACGAGUCACAACGUUAGUGCAUCGACGUCAACCACUUCCGGUAGCAGCUCGGUGAAGGAAACCAAGCGGCGAAAGAUCUGGGAUAUCCUCGGGGGACGAUCGAAAAGUUCGGCCGACAAGCAGAAAAGUGCUACCCUGGGGCGGGAAAAGGAUCGUAAGAACAAGGCCGCCGCGGCGACUGGGUCUACCAGCGGCGGAAGUGCCAACAGUUCGAUGAACGAAGGCCAGAUCAAGCACCGCUGGUCGACGGGGAUGCCCCGGCAGCAACCACUGCCGGCCAACAUCAGCAAGGAAAAGUUGUGUUCCCUGCUGGAGACGAAGCUCGCCGAUCCGCAGCUGUACUGCGAGUUCGAGCGGAUACCGAAGCGAGUGGAGAAUGCCAAAUAUGACUGCGCACUGGCGGACGAGAACAAGAACAAAAACUUCGAUCCCAACUUCCUGCCGUACGACAACAACCGGGUCCGGUUGACUCCGACCAGGGACAACCGAAUGGGCUAUGUGAAUGCUUCGCAUAUAACUAGCACUGUGGGUAACAAGCAGAGGUUCUACAUCGUGGCCGAGAGUCCAAACGAUGCACUCACGACGAAUACCUUCUGGCAGUGUGUUUGGGAAGCGGACGUGUACCUGUUGGUGCAGCUAUCGAGUGAACUGAACUAUAUUCCGCAGACUAGUGAACGGUGCUUAGAGUAUGGACAGUACCAAGUUUGGCGAGAAUUCUCGCAGGAAUCGGAUCGUUGCACCACCUCCAAGCUGCGUGUGUAUCAUACGCAAAGCCGACGCUAUCGAUCUGUGUGGCAUAUCUCGUACAACAAGUGGGGUGAUCAGAAUUGCCCCAGCAACGUGGGACACUUCCUAGGUUUCCUCGAGGAACUGAACUCCGUUCGGUUAGCGUCGGUUGCCGAGGUUCCCCCCUCGCACAACACCAACCCACCGGUACUGAUUCACUGCAACGAAGGCGGUGGCCGCACCGGCGUGACCCUGGUAGCCGACCUGCUGAUGUACACGUUGGAUCAUAAUCAGGAUCUCGACAUCCCCCGAUUGAUCGGUCAAAUCCGCCAGCAGCGGGACAACAUCAUACCAUCGCUAGCACAGUACAAGUUCAUCCAUGCCCUGCUGAUUCACUAUCUGAAACAAACGCGGCUCAUUUAGGCGAAAGUGACCAACAACUAUCGGUAUUUAAGUCAGAAACAUCUAUCAGCAAAAGUUAUUUAUUUCGAUUCUAUUCAUACUAGACCAAGUAUUUCUAAUUUCCUUAAUCUGUUUCUUUUUUUUUCUUCUUUGGUAGGAUAGUUAAUUUGUUUUAUUUUUAUUUUAUCGUCCGGUAUUACUGAGCAGUAAAAAGUAUUUUUCUAGCUAAUAUUCUUUUUAAUAGACGACUGCAUUUUCAAAUGAACCAACUUGAAACGACACAGAAUGAGUUAGUGCCUUAGCGUUCCCUAGCCCUGAACAAGGUCGGGAACAUCGUAAGCGAAACAUGGCAUUCGCAAACAAAGUUUAACACUUUUGUAUAUAAUUGUUUAUACGGAAUUAAUGCCAUUUUAAACGAAAACACUCAUGAUGGUACACUUUUAUGCGUUUUUUAAAGUUUGAGCAGAUGUUACAGUUGAAACAGAACAGAGUAUUUUAUUAUAAUUAUAUAUUGCAUUGUAAAGAUCUAGCACUAACAAAUUUUAGGCGACUCAUUUGGUCUAAGGUCCAAAACUAGGCUUAGGCGACAGAGAAAGAGAGAGAGAGGGAGAAGAGAACAAAACAAAGAUGGCUCAAUUUAUAUUGAAACGAAGCAGACGUCCAAUAAAACUUCCCAGUUGGAGGAAUCUACCCAUACCA